AUGGAGGGAGAGAUAAAACCUGGUUUUGAUCGAGAAAACUUUGAUCAAACCAAGCGCACAGAGGCUCAGCAAGAAAACAUAAACCGAACGGUGUUGUCGAAAAUAGUCAGGAUUGUUGCCGUGCCGAAUAAAGAGAAAAGAAGUGCUAAGGAAGUGGCGGAAUUUUUUAUCAAGGAGGUCUGUAAAGAGAACCCAACUGUAUAUGGAACUAUGCGUCUAGAAGAGCUAAUAGGAUAUGAGUCCGUACGCGGUCGAUCCCAUGAGGAACCUAGCACGGGUAGAAAAAGACUGGCCGAACCAAUGGAAAAUCUUUCUCAGAAGCUACCUAAACAUGGUAAUAUUCUGGAUUUUGUUACUGAUGUACAUCAGGAGUAA